CAACAAUGAUCUGUCUGUUUAAUUAAACAUUAUCUCAAUAGAAUGUUGGUUAGUACGUAAAUGGGAAAUUUUAUUUCAAAACGGAGAAGGGGAGAGAGGAGUAGUGAUGAGGAGCUGUCUGUGCGUGUGUGUUGGGUGUUGGACCAACUGGGCUACAGUCAGUCCAUGGUGCUACACAGGCGGGUGACCUGUAAAAAGUGGGAGGUGAUAGGGAGCAUAAAUAUAAUAUCACAAUAUAACACAACCAUAAUAACUGCAGGCAGUAAGGGUGAGGGAUUUGCAGCACCGUUUGAGAGUGACAGUGACACUGUGCUACUAUACAUGUACUCAGUGUGUAAAACACCAGGAGAUGAUUCCCUAACAUUGCCAGACACCCACUAUGAGUUCACUAUGGACAGUGAACACUGCCACCCUGGACAUUUCAGAUUGGAACUGACACAAAGCGGUACAACUGGAAAAUCCAACAUUCAGCAGGCCUUGUUUGUCCAUGACAAUGGAAAAACAUAUAUUUCUAGUGAAAAGUACGUAACAUCUUUCAUAAAAGAUAACGAUCAAACAGUUUCUGGACCUGCAAUCACAGGCUGUAGUAAAUAUUCAAGUUGGGAUCAUGUAAAUUCAUUCCGCUGUACCAGUCAACAACAGCUGCUAUCGCAGUGGAUAAACAGACAAAGACACCACAACUGGCCAACACAGGACCUGAUAGAGGAAGCAUCCAAACUUGAGGCCCAAAUGGUCCCUGUGGGGUGUAAAGGCAGUGAACAUAAAAACAUUGAGUGGAGGGUCUGUUUUAUCCUCAGUGUGCAAAAGCUUACUGACAGCUGGAAUGAGAACCAAUAUAAAAUUUACAUUUUGCUUAAGUUGAUCAAGAAAUCCCAGCUGAAACCAAUAUCUGAUGAAAUUUCAUCGUACCUAAUGAAAAACAUCGUGCUAUGGUUCACAGAGCAAAAUCCAGCUAAGAUAUUUAAGAAAAAAUAUUUACUUCAAAAUGUAAUGAAUUGUCUGAGAAAUUUACAGGAUGCCAUAAAAGCCAACCAUCUCCCCUUCUAUAUGCUCCCUGACAGAAACUUGCUGAUUGGUAGAAUCAACCCAGAACAACAACAGCUGCUGAUUGAGAAGCUAGGAGACCUGAUAGAGGAAGGUCCCAGAGUGAUACUGAGAUGCCCAAAAGUGUCUAAAGCGCUUGAGAUGUCACCAGCUGAGCUGGCAAAGAAGAAUCGCUGGAGGGAAAAGCUGGAGAAGCUGUGGCUUGAGGGUAUGAACAUUUGGUUUACAUACUGGAGUCUUAACAAAGAGGGUGUGGAGAUAAACAAAGAGGCCUGGAGAAAUCCACACUACAUCAGAUUGUAUGACAGGAUACAUGGUAUGGUCUGGCCUCAGUGGAGGGAGUACCAGGGAGAUGAUAGGGUGGAUAUAUUAAAAAGGAAAGUUGUUGGUGUCCUAUCAUAGCUAAAUAAUAUCGGGAAACACUGAAUCAUUAAUACAGUGAAUAAAAAAACGUACGAUAUACACUGCAUACAAGUAUAAGACAGGAUGAGUGAAAUUGGUUGGCCUGAUGUUGGGCAGAGCUAAGGAAAAAUUUACAUCUAUUAUUGGGUUAAGAUCAUCUAGAGCUUUGUGGAUGAAAUACCAACCAUGUCGAGUCGACUGCAAAACAGAAACUAUGAAACAAUACUGUGAAAGGUUAAUACUUAAUUACAAAAGUGUGUUUAUAUGAAUAUGGAACUCAUAUUGCUUUACUGACAUUGUUAUAUUUACAAUUGGAAAUUGUUUUCUUGUAUCCUGGUGACAUGAACAUUUAACUGUGUCCAAUUUACUGAAUAUGAAAUGUUUUAUUUUCUUAUACGGACUAAAAUGACGAACGAUAACUAAAUCAAAUUCUACUUCAACAGUCGAAUAAUUACAAAAGCAGACUUUUUUAAAUACUGUAAUACUAUAAUUCAUCAAUCAAAAAAAAAAUAUAUCAAUAGGUUGAAAAGGAUUUUUGGAAAUAUAAUUACUUGUUCGACAGUGGUGGGUGUUUUGUCCAUUUAGUUUGUUUUUCAAUAAAAAAGUGGCAACAUGUACACAGCUAAAGAGGACUUAUUUUACUUGAAGUGUAUUGUACACAUUUAAGCAAAUUUUAGUGUAUGCUCUUGUUUCGUUCAAUAAGGGGUUUUGUCGAUAGUUAGAGUAUAAAAUGCCACAUUUAGUUCCAAAACAUUAAUGUAAUUAAUUUAUUUAAUGAACACUUCAAUAAAAUCCAUUAUGAUACUUAUCAGUAGCUCAAGCAUGAAUUUUAAAUUGAACAUAUUGCAGAUACUUUA